ACACUCUAAUAAGCAAACUCAAACUCAUUUGCCUGUUCUUCUCUCUCAUAUCUUUCUACCAUCCCCCUACCUUCUCUCUCCACCGCAGACCCCUCUUUUCACCUAUUUCUCUCCUCCUCUCUCUCUCUCUAUAUAUCUUUCACGCCACCGUUUCCAACUGUUUGUGCUGGGUUUAUGGAAUGACUGAUUACAGCUUACCCACCAUGAAUUUGUGGAAUACUAGUGGUACUACCGAUGACAACGUUACUAUGAUGGAAGCUUUUAUGUCUUCUGAUCUCACUUCAUUUUGGGCUACUUCUAAUUCUACUGCUGUUGCUGCUGUUACCUCUAAUUCUAAUCAUAUUCCAGUUAAUACCCCAACGGUUCUUCUUCCGUCUUCUUGUGCCUCUACUGUCACAGCUGUGGCUGUCGAUGCUUCAAAAUCCAUGUCUUUUUUCAACCAAGAAACCCUUCAACAGCGUCUUCAAACGCUCAUUGAUGGUGCUCGUGAGACGUGGACCUAUGCCAUCUUUUGGCAGUCAUCCGCCGUUGAUUUAACGAGUCCGUUUGUGUUGGGCUGGGGAGAUGGUUACUACAAAGGUGAAGAAGAUAAAGCCAAUAGGAAAUUAGCUGUUUCUUCUCCUGCUUAUAUAGCUGAGCAAGAACACCGGAAAAAGGUUCUCCGGGAGCUGAAUUCGUUGAUUUCCGGCACGCAAACCGGCACUGAUGAUGCCGUCGAUGAAGAAGUUACCGACACUGAAUGGUUCUUCCUUAUUUCCAUGACCCAGUCGUUUGUUAACGGAAGUGGGCUUCCGGGUCAGGCCUUAUACAAUUCCAGCCCUAUUUGGGUCGCCGGAGCAGAGAAAUUGGCAGCUUCCCACUGCGAACGGGCUCGGCAGGCCCAGGGAUUCGGGCUUCAGACGAUGGUUUGUAUUCCUUCAGCAAACGGCGUGGUUGAAUUGGGCUCCACGGAGUUGAUUAUUCAGAGUUCUGAUCUCAUGAACAAGGUUAGAGUAUUGUUUAACUUCAAUAAUGAUUUGGGCUCUGGUUCGUGGGCUGUGCAACCCGAGAGCGAUCCGUCCGCUCUUUGGCUCACUGAUCCAUCGUCUGCAGCUGUACAAGUCAAAGAUUUAAAUACAGUUGAGGCAAAUUCAGUUCCAUCAAGUAAUAGUAGUAAGCAAGUUGUAUUUGAUAAUGAGAAUAAUGGUCACAGUUGUGAUAAUCAGCAACAGCACCAUUCUCGGCAACAAACACAAGGAUUUUUUACAAGGGAGUUGAACUUUUCAGAAUUCGGGUUUGAUGGAAGUAGUAAUAAUAGGAAUGGGAAUUCAUCACUUUCUUGCAAGCCAGAGUCGGGGGAAAUCUUGAAUUUUGGUGAUAGCACUAAGAAAAGUGCAAAUGGGAACUUAUUUUCCGGUCAGUCCCAUUUUGGUGCAGGGGAGGAGAAUAAGAAGAAGAAAAGGUCACCUGCUUCCAGAGGAAGCAAUGAAGAAGGAAUGCUUUCAUUUGUUUCAGGUACAAUCUUGCCUGCAGCUUCUGGUGCGAUGAAGUCAAGUGGAUGUGUAGGUGAAGACUCUGAUCAUUCGGAUCUUGAGGCCUCAGUGGUGAAAGAAGCUGAAAGUAGUAGAGUUGUAGAACCCGAAAAGAGGCCAAAGAAGCGAGGAAGGAAGCCAGCAAAUGGACGGGAGGAACCUUUGAAUCACGUCGAAGCAGAGAGGCAAAGGAGAGAGAAAUUAAACCAAAGGUUCUACGCUUUAAGAGCUGUUGUUCCGAAUGUGUCCAAGAUGGACAAGGCAUCACUGCUUGGAGAUGCAAUUUCAUAUAUUAAUGAGCUGAAGUUGAAGCUUCAAACUACAGAAACAGAUAGAGAAGACUUGAAGAGCCAAAUAGAAGAUUUGAAGAAAGAAUUAGAUAGUAAAGACUCAAGGCGCCCUGGUCCUCCACCACCAAAUCAAGAUCACAAGAUGUCUAGCCAUACUGGAAGCAAGAUUGUAGAUGUGGAUAUAGAUGUUAAGAUAAUUGGAUGGGAUGCGAUGAUUCGUAUACAAUGUAAUAAAAAGAACCAUCCAGCUGCAAGGUUAAUGGUAGCCCUCAAGGAGUUAGAUCUAGAUGUGCACCAUGCCAGUGUUUCAGUGGUGAAUGAUUUGAUGAUCCAACAAGCCACAGUGAAAAUGGGUAGCAGACUUUACACGGAAGAGCAACUUAGGAUAGCAUUGACAUCCAGAGUUGCUGAAACACGCUAAAAACACUUCAGAUCUCAAUUUGUAGGCUUUGAGUUAGCCUUGUAAAUUGUGUUCGAGAGACUGCUAUAUUUAAGGCUCUGCUUCAGAGCUCUAUCUAAUGUUUUUGUCAUCAAGUUAGAGAUUAAGAUGAAGGCUCUUUUUGUGUUAUUUUUCCACUUGUACCUAGGAUUAUUCGUGUACAUAAUUGUUGAAAAACCCCAUAACUAAAAACAGUCGGGUGGUAGUUCUAGUUCAUGUAAAAAUUUGCAGCUCUAUCCUGUC